AUGUCGGAUGCAAGUCAUCAAAAGUGGACUUGGGCGCUGAAAGCAUAUAAAGACUGGCAGACUGAAAGAAAUGUUUCAAUAUCAAAAGAUCCCGAUAGUGACCAACUAUUGAUGGAUACAAGUGUAGGCAAGAUGUCUGACGAGAAGCUGGAUAAUAUUUUGGGGCGUUUUGUUGUGAAGGAAGAAACGUUGACAGGAAAGAAUACCCAGGAAAGACUAUUUAUGAAAUGA